AUGGCUACUUCCCGGAAGGCAGCAAAGGUGGUGAUUGUCGGCGGCGGUGGCACUCUGGGAUCGUCCACAGCCCUGCAUCUCAUCCGGUCGGGGUAUACACCGUCUAACAUUACUGUCCUCGACGUGUACCCUAUUCCCUCGGCCCAGUCGGCGGGCUCUGAUCUCAACAAGAUCAUGAGCGUCAGGCUCCGCAACCCUGUCGAUCGGCAGCUGUCGAUGGAGGCGCUGGACAUGUGGUCGAAUGAUGCCCUGUUCAAGCCCUUCUUUCAUCAGGUCGGGAUGCUGGACUGCUCGUCGUCGGAGGGAGAGAUCGCCGCCUUGAAGGAGCAGUACAAGAAUCUGCUCGGAACAGACCCCAGAUUCGCAGAGACCAACACAUGGCUCGACCAUGAGGAUGAAAUCGUCGCCAAGGUGCCCUGCUUCACCAGAGAGCAGGUUCAGGGCUGGAAGGGUCUGUUCACCACAGAUGGCGGUUGGCUGGCAGCAGCCGAUGCCAUCAAUGCGAUUGGCCAUCUCCUCAAGCACCAGGGCGUCCGAUUCGGAUUCGGCGGGCACGAGCCGCUACUGGCUGCAGACGGAUCGACCUGCAUCGGCGUUGAGACCGUUGACGGCACGCAGUACUACGCCGAUAAGGUUGUCAUGGCCGCUGGAGCGUGGACCCCGUCGCUCAUCGAGCUCGAGGACCAGUGUGUCUCAAAGGCAUGGGUGCUGGCGCAUAUCCAGCUCACGCCAGAGGAAGCCGCACCGUACAGGGACGUACCGGUGGUGUACGAUGGCGAGUACGGCUUCUUCUUCGAGCCCAGCGAGGACGGGAUCAUCAAGGUGUGCGAUGAGUUCCCCGGCUUCUCUCGCUUCAAGACGCACCAGCCCUUCGGCGCGAGCAAGCCCAGGCCCAUAUCGGUGCCUAGGUCUCACGCCGAGAACCCGACAGACACGUACCCGGAUGCAUCCGAGAAGACCAUCCGCAAGGCCAUCGGGAGAUUCCUACCCGGACUCGAGCAUAAGCCCAUCAUCAACCGUGCCAUGUGCUGGUGCACAGACACGGCGGAUGCGAAUCUCCUCAUCUGUGAGCAUCCGCGGUGGAAGAAUCUCGUUCUGGCCACCGGUGACAGCGGACAUUCGUUCAAGAUCCUGCCCAACAUCGGAAAGCACGUCGUCGAGCUUAUCGAAGGUUCCCUCCAGGAAGAUAUGAAGCACGCGUGGAGGUGGAGGCCUGGAGGUGACGCGCUCAAGUCACGACGCGAUGCACCGCCAAAGGAUCUGUCUGAUAUGCCGGGGUGGAAACACGAUUCACGACUAUAA